GCGCGCGCGUGUCCCCGCCAGGGGUGGGGUGUCCCGCCAGCGGUCUCCGCCUCCUGGAGCGGCGCUGCGGCGGCCCGCGGCCUCGCCGGGAGUCGGCCGGGCGGGGAGAGCGGCCGUGGAUCGCGCUCGACGAACUAAGGUUCCAGAUGGCAAAUUCUAUGAAUGGCAGAAACCCUGGUGGUCGAGGAGGAAACCCCCGAAAAGGACGGAUUUUGGGUAUCAUUGAUGCUAUUCAAGAUGCAGUUGGACCUCCGAAGCAAGCAGCAGCAGAUCGCAGGACGGUGGAGAAAACUUGGAAACUCAUGGACAAAGUGGUCAGACUGUGUCAAAAUCCCAAGCUUCAGUUGAAAAAUAGCCCACCAUAUAUACUUGAUAUCUUACCUGAUACAUAUCAGCAUUUACGACUUAUACUGAGUAAAUAUGAUGACAACCAGAAACUUGCCCAACUCAGUGAGAAUGAGUAUUUUAAAAUCUACAUCGAUAGUCUAAUGAAAAAGUCAAAGCGGGCAAUAAGACUCUUUAAAGAAGGCAAGGAGAGGAUGUAUGAAGAGCAGUCACAGGACAGACGAAAUCUCACAAAACUGUCCCUUAUCUUCAGUCACAUGCUGGCAGAAAUCAAAGCAAUCUUUCCCAAUGGGCAGUUCCAGGGAGAUAACUUUCGUAUCACGAAAGCAGAUGCUGCUGAAUUCUGGAGAAAGUUUUUUGGAGACAAAACUAUUGUACCAUGGAAAGUAUUCAGACAGUGCCUUCAUGAGGUUCAUCAAAUUAGCUCUGGCCUGGAAGCAAUGGCUCUGAAAUCAACAAUUGAUUUAACUUGUAAUGAUUACAUUUCAGUUUUUGAAUUUGAUAUUUUUACCAGGCUCUUUCAGCCUUGGGGCUCUAUUUUACGGAAUUGGAAUUUCUUAGCUGUAACACAUCCAGGUUACAUGGCAUUUCUCACAUACGAUGAAGUUAAAGCACGACUGCAGAAAUACAGCACCAAACCUGGAAGCUACAUUUUCCGGUUAAGCUGCACCAGAUUGGGACAGUGGGCCAUUGGCUAUGUGACAGGGGAUGGCAAUAUCUUACAGACCAUACCACAUAACAAGCCCUUGUUUCAAGCCCUGAUUGAUGGCAGCAGGGAAGGAUUCUAUCUUUAUCCUGAUGGGAGGAGUUAUAAUCCUGAUUUAACUGGAUUAUGUGAACCCACACCACAUGACCAUAUAAAAGUUACGCAGGAACAAUAUGAAUUAUAUUGUGAAAUGGGCUCCACUUUUCAGCUCUGUAAAAUUUGUGCUGAGAACGACAAAGAUGUCAAGAUUGAGCCCUGUGGGCAUUUGAUGUGCACCUCUUGCCUUACAGCGUGGCAGGAGUCGGACGGCCAAGGCUGCCCCUUUUGCCGCUGUGAAAUAAAAGGAACAGAGCCCAUAAUCGUGGACCCCUUUGAUCCAAGAGAUGAAGGUUCCAGGUGCUGUAGCAUCAUUGACCCCUUUGGAAUGCCAAUGCUGGACCUGGAUGAUGACGAUGACCGAGAAGAGUCCUUGAUGAUGAAUCGGUUGGCAAAUGUUCGAAAGUGCACUGAUAGGCAAAAUUCACCAGUCACAUCACCAGGAUCCUCUCCCCUUGCACAGAGAAGAAAGCCACAUCCAGACCCUCUCCAGAUCCCACAUCUGAGCCUGCCACCAGUACCUCCUCGCCUGGAUCUAAUUCAGAAAGGCAUAGUUCGGUCUCCCUGUGGCAGUCCCACUGGUUCACCAAAGUCUUCUCCUUGCAUGGUGAGAAAACAAGAUAAACCACUCCCAGCACCGCCUCCUCCCUUAAGAGAUCCUCCUCCACCUCCCCCUGAGAGACCUCCCCCGAUCCCACCUGACAACAGACUGAGUCGACACUUCCAUCACGUGGAAAGUGUGCCUUCUAGAGACCAGCCAAUGCCUCUUGAAGCCUGGUGCCCUCGGGAUGUGUUUGGAACUAAUCAGUCAGUGGGUUGUCGACAAUUAGGGGAUGGCUCUCCAAAGCCUGGAAUCACAGCAAGUUCAAAUGUAAAUGGAAGGCACAGUAGAAUGGGCUCUGACCCUGUGCUUCUGCGAAAACACAGACGCCACGAUUUGCCUUUAGAAGGAGCCAAGGUCUUUUCCAAUGGUCACCUGGGAAGCGAAGAGUACGAUGUUCCUCCCCGGCUUUCACCUCCUCCUCCAGCUGCCACCCUUGUCCCUAGCAUCAAGUGUACUGGCCCGUUAGCAAAUCCCCUUUCAGAGAAAACCAGAGACCCAGUCGAGGAAGAUGAUGAUGAAUACAAGAUUCCUUCAUCCCAUCCUGUUUCCCUGAAUUCACAACCAUCUCAUUGCCAUAACGUAAAACCUCCUCUUAGGUCUUGUGAUAAUGGUCAUUGUGUAUUGAAUGGAACACAUGGUACAUCUUCAGAGGUGAAGAAAUCAAACAUCCCUGAAUUAGGCAUUUAUUUAAAGGGAGAUGUUUUUGAUUCAGCCUCUGAUCCAGUGCCAUUACCACCUGCCAGGCCUCCAACUCGGGACAAUCCAAAGCAUGGUUCUUCACUCAACAGGACGCCCUCUGAUUAUGAUCUUCUCAUCCCUCCAUUAGGUGAAGAUGCUUUUGAUGCCCUCCCCCCAUCCCUCCCGCCUCCCCCACCUCCCGCAAGGCACAGCCUCAUCGAACACUCUAAACCUCCCGGCUCCAAUAGCCGACCAUCCUCAGGACAGGACCUUUUCCUUCUUCCUUCAGACCCCUUCUUUGAUCCAGUAAGUGGUCAAGUCCCUCUGCCUCCUGCUAGGAGAUUACCAGGGGAAAAUGUCAAAUCCAACAGAACAUCACAGGACUAUGAUCAGCUUCCUUCAGCUUCAGAAGCUGGUCAGUCAGCCCUCAGUUCUGCAGGAGGAAUUGCUUUGUAAAUAGGUGCAGAGUUGGCGUGUCCAUGGCGGAGGUGAGUUUAGGGUCUUCCUACAGUGCCAUUUUAGACCAGAAUUAACAAUAUUUUUGCCUCAUAAUUGUAAACAUCAGAAGUUUUUCCUUUGUAGAUUCUUAUCUCCUUUCAAGAAGAUUUGUUGAUAGUGACAGCCAUAUAUUCUGUAACCUCUGAAUCAAGAUAAUUAAUGAGUUGCUUUGAGAAUUAUCAACAUAGUAGUUCUUAUGUACUUGAUGACACGAGUGGGAGAAGUAGAAGUCCCUCUAUGAUUUUACGUGUUCUAAUGUUUGAAGAUAUCUCAGAAAAGUAUAGAAAAUUUUAUUAACCUGUUCAAAUUUUGGUCCAUGCUGUCUUCGUAUUUACUUGUAAUCCUUCCAAGAUUUCAGAUAUAUCCCUAGGUAGCCCUUGAAACAUAGUUUUGAUUUCCAGAUAUGAAAAAAAUGUGAAACUCAGGAAGAAGUGACAUUAUCUGGCAGCUUCUAUAUAAGAGAAGGAAGCAGAUCCCUUAAGGAAAUAACCUUAAACUAUAACUUCAAGAAAAGUACCAUGACUGAUUUAAAAUAAUAUAUUCACUGCCACCAAUUCUGGAUUAAAAGAAACAUGUAUUCAAGUCUUUUGAAGAGUUGUGGCCAAAAGGCUGUAUUUACACAGCUGCUUUACAGUUUUGCUCCAUAAUAUGUGGGUGUUGUAGAGCCUAAAGGAGCAUCAUUCACAUAUGAUUUCAAAUGUUAGGAAUUCUGAUUAGCAUUACAUUAGAAAUUUCAAGGAAGAACUUUUGAGUCACAACCCUUGGUGAAAUAUCCCCAAAUAAGCAUUUACCAAGGAGCAUGAACUAGCUUUUACCUGAGUGAUAAAAUCAUCUUGAUUAUUACUCUGAGGGCCUCAGCUAGCUGUAACAUCAAAUAUUUCAACCUACUCCCUGAACUCUCUUUACAAACACAGUCAACCACAGAAAAUAAGAUACUUUUUUUCCAUCAAGAUUAUUUGCUGACAUGCAGCUCACAGGCUGUUCACUGGUUUAUUUCACACCAGCAGAGGGACUGGGCUUGUCCUUUGGAUUAGGUUUGUCCAUUAAAAACUGGAGACUGGGUGCCAUGUGCCUUUGGGAUUCUAAAAUCCCUUAUUUUGUAGUGAUGGGUUUUUAUUAAUGUCUUAUAAAGAUGACCUUUAAGGAUUCUAGUAUAAUUGCUGUAUCUUACAAAUUCAGUUUCUCUUAUCUUUAUGAUGUUCUAAAUAAAUGAUAGUGCUUUAUAUAUGUUUUCUGUGAAAAAGGAUUUUUUUUUAAUUUAAAAGUAUUUUUUUCAUUGAUUUAAAAAUGUUUCCUGUCUAAAAAGAAUGCAUGCAUGUAUGUCUACAUGGACCAACAGCGGUUCCAAAUAUUUUAUUCCUCCCCUCCAAAAUAUAAUAUUCUUAGAUGUGACAAUUGAUAUUUAAUGAUAUGAAUGUUAAUAAUAAGUGGAUUUUUUUAAAUGGAUUUUACCAGACUUGUUAAAUUCACAUAUACUUGUAUGUGAGGCAGAUAAUUUUUUUUGCUAAAUUUCUUUACAUGCGAAUCUUAGUUAUAUGGGGCUCAUGUCUAUACUAUCUAUGUGUGAGCUUUUAUAGAUUUUCCAGUUUGCUUUUCUCUUGUUUUAGGUUAUAAUGUGCUACAUUUUGAGUACCAUUCUUUAAAAGUCUAGGGAAUCCAAUUUAUAGAAUAAAAUUUAUUAGAAUAAAAAAGUCAUAAUGAUGUGCUUGUGCUCAUUUGGAUGAAGUGCAGCAUUAGCUCUUGGGAAACCUUUUCCUAUUCUUGGUAUUUAGAAGACAGUUCAAGGUAACACUAAAAGAACUAGAAUAUCAGCACAUGACUUAUGUUAAAUGUGUUUGUAACUGGUAAAACAUUUUAAAGGAGGUCUCAUCAUAAAAGGAAUUCCAAUACUACUUUUAUUUUUACUAGCUUAAAGGAAAAGUAAUGGAAUAUUGAAUGAAUUUUAUAUUAAGACCAAAUAUUCUAAAGUUCUCUCCCUUAAGAUCUCAGUUGAAAAUCAUGGCUUCACUUCACUCAAGGGUUGGAAUUGUGUAUUGUCAUCACUGAUAAGAUGUUUGAAGAUAAAUUAUUUUGUGUGUUUCAACAAAGGAAAAUGCAGUGUUAAAAAGUUUUACUACAAUAUAACUACCUGAAAUAUCUUCCCUUACAUACAGCUCUAGUUUUCAAACCACAGUAUCUGGAAUCUUUUUUUCUUACAAAUUUAAUAGUAAUAUAGUUUUCCUAUAACCAUUUUCUGGAUAUAUUACAAAACUGUAUAACUUUAGCCUUAAUUAUCAUAUUAUCUAUCACUGUGUAUCUGAAAUUUUUUUAUUUGUAAUUUAGUGAAAACUAUAUUAAUACAUGUCCUUAUAAAAUUAUUGUAUCUAUACUGAUAGCAAUUGAAGUUUGUGGUAUAUUGAUCCAACUUCCAGUGGGAUAACAGAGUCAUAAUUACGUAUUUAAAAUUUAUUUUAAUGCCUUGAUCAGUUAAAUUUAUAUUUUUAAUUCUCAGAUAUUGUUAUAGUUGAGAAAAUCAGUCUGAGUCUUGAUGUCUAUCUCAAAUAUUACCCAUGAAUUAGAAGUAACUUAUAUGUCUAUCUUAAAUAUCAUCCAUGGAAUAAAUUAUCCAUGAAGUAAGCAGUAAGUAGUUCUACUUACUCAGUAGUCAGUACUUCAUGGAUACCAUGAAGUAGUAAGCUACUCUAAUUUAGAGAUGAUGUCUCAGAUUGUACAUAAUAAUCAUUUCUAAAUUUGUUAGGCAGUUACUGUGAGCCAAAUGUUAAAGCUAGUAUUUUAAAUAUAGACAUAUAGGUAUAUGUGUAACUAUAUAAUUAUAUAUAAAUGUACAUUUAUAUGGAGAGAGUUUAAUAUACAUAUCAUUUAUUGGAUAUAUUGAAGAGUUUAUAUAAAUAGACAUAAUUGUAUUCCUCACAACCAAUCUGAAAUAGUAUUAAUGUCAAUUUAUAGAAGAAAAUAAAUUACCCAGGGUUUCACAACUAGUAAGUACCUGUGUAAUAGGAUGUGAAUUCUGUGUAUUAUCAGUAAGCUAUUUGUGUAUAUUUGUUAUCCUGCCUGCAGCUAAGCCAAAUUAAGUUUUAAAAAAUCACACAUGUAUAUAACAGUGAUUGCUAAACUGAGUUUGGAGAUGCCCAGUGAUAAAAUCUGAUAGUAGCAAAGGAAUAGUAAUGACGACAGAGGGAUGGAACAGAGUAUUAGGAAUUAUACUAGAGAUUUUGAAACCUGAAUCCUGGUCCUUUUUCACAUGAUCUUAGGAAGCCACCCACCAUAUGCUUUCUAUACUUUAUA